AGGCCCAAAAACAAACCACAAGGCCCAUCAUAAAAAUAAAACAUCCCUAACUUAUAAAAAAGCAGGACCGUAUUCAAUCAGCUAGGGUUUUCAUCUUUUACAAACAAGGGGAAGCUGCGGCCGUCAAUAUGGUUCUCAAGACUGAGCUAUGCAGAUUCAGUGGCCAGAAGAUUUAUCCUGGUAGGGGUAUUAGAUUCAUCAGAUCUGAUUCACAGGUGUUUUUGUUCGCAAAUUCCAAAUGCAAAAGGUACUUUCACAACAAGCUGAAGCCGUCAAAGCUUACAUGGACCGCGAUGUACCGAAAGCAGCACAAGAAGGAUCUUGCUCAAGAGGCUGUGAAGAAGAGGCGUCGUGCGACCAAGAAGCCGUAUUCCAGGGCUAUUGUGGGAGCUACUUUGGAAGUUAUUCAGAAGAAGAGAAGUGAGAAACCUGAAGUUCGUGAUGCUGCUAGAGAGGCUGCUCUUCGGUAUGGCUGUUUUUUCUGUUUUAGUCGUAGAUACAAGUGGAAAACAGAAACGAGCAGUGAAAUCAAGGAAAGAAUCAAGAAAACUAAGGAUGAGAAGAAGGCAAAGAAAGCCGAGGUUGCAUCAAAGCAGAAGGUCCAAGGUAAAGCUGGGAAUGCGCCUAAAGGAGGUAAGGGACCUAAGCUCGGAGGCGGUGGUGGGAAGCGUUAAAUUCCAAUUUCUGUUCUCUUUCAUUACUAGAUAAUACAUGUUAGUCAAGAUUUUGAGCAUUUUCUAUUUGUUCUUGUCGGUUUUGUUGAGUCGAACUUGUAUUUUAGAUGUUUCUUAUCCUUCACAAUGGUUUUGUGAAAUUGAAGUAACUUGAUUUUAUAA